CUACCGGGUAAACAUGUAGAAUGUAAUUUUUGUUUAUUUUUGUUUUAUGAGUAAACAUUUUUGACUUAGAAGACAUCUCAUGUUUUUAUUCGUGUAUGAGAAAUAACCCUGGCCGCAGUUCAGAGGCUUUUGACAAAGAACAAGAAGGAAAAAGCCACAUCACUAGUAGAAAAAAAGAAGUGCUCGUUAUGAACGACCAGAAAGAGGAGCGACAGCUCGACAUGAAGAAAUAAGAAGACGCCAACGUCGGACUGGAACGAAGAUUGACGAUGCCGAGGCGCCGAACCCUGCUCAUCCUCCUCUGCAUCUCUGCAGGUUGUGUAACCGGAACCACAGGAUUGAUAAAAGUUUUUGGAUACCUGGGAGGAGAUGUGAAUGUAACCUGCCCCUACGAUCCUGGUUAUGAGAAUUAUGAGAAGUACCUGUGCAAGAACAAAUGUGAAGACAAUGAUGUUCUUAUUACCACAACAGACAACAAAAAUGUCCGAUUCUCCAUCUCUGACAAGAAAAACAUUGCAAAGUUCCUCGUGACCAUCUCAAAUGUUACAGCUUCAGAUGCUGGAAAAUACUGGUGUGGAGUGACCAGGACUGGAAAAGAUCUCUACCAAGAAGUGAAGAUACAAUUAAGAAAAGACAGUUGCUGCAGCGAUGUGGUUAAAACUCAAAGUCACGAGGAGGGUUCGGUGUCCGUCACUUGUCCCUAUGCUGCCGAACACCAGACCAAUCUGAAGUACAUCUGCAGAGGAAGUCAGCCCUCCACAUGUCUGCAGCGGGCAGUGGUCACCUCUGAGAGGACAUCAGACCCGCGGUUCACACUCACUGAUGAUCAAAUGUCAAGGAAAUUCACAGUGACCAUCAGCCAGCUGGCCCGAGCAGACUCUGGACAGUACCUCUGUGGUGUUCGUUCAGACGCUGGACUGGAUGUUUUUUCUGCUGUUCAGCUGGAAGUGAAAGAGUGGUGCUGUGUGGCGUCCAGCAACGUGACAGGCACUGAGGGACACUCAGUCACUUUGCAGUGUCCCUAUCCACCUCAACAUCAGCAUAACAGAAAGUUCCUCUGCAAGGGAGACCGGCGCAACAACUGCACAGACGUGGUGAAGAACAGAAGCAGGUUCACCCUGCAGGACGACAUUUCCUCCAGCACUUUCUCAGUGACGGUGUCCGAGCUGGAGGCAGGAGAUGCUGGGACGUACUGGUGUGCCUCACACUCACAGUGGAGAGUCGGAAACUACACCAAGCUUCAGCUGUCAGUGUUUCUGCAACGUGACAGCGUGAUUCCUCCGUUUACUGGUACCACCCUUAUCGUAGGUUUCAGCGUGAUCCCCGUGGUGCUCAUGCUGAUAUUCACGCUGGUCAUGUUUCGGCUCAAAUGCCACAAAAGACGAGAAGCUGAAGUCUUUGUGUUCAAAAACCAACCAGGGCCAGCAAAUGUGGAAGAGACGAGACCAAAUGUUUGCUCCAAUCAAGAUUUUGUAGGAAAGGUAAAGCAGAGCUCGUGUUACAACUAUGACAACGAUCGCGAGGACCAGCCAGAAUAUGGAAACAUCACCAGAACAGACGAAAUCUACUGCAAUCAAGAAGUGUUCAGAGUACAUAGAAAAUGAGUAUCAAAAGGCAGUGAAUGUACUUGUGUGUACUUUGUGAUAAGUAAUAAGGAGAUGUCUCGGAGAAAGUCAGGCAGAAACCAUCAUAUAGGUGGAACAUGGUCUGCCUCAGAAGAAAUGGCAUAAAAAUUAUUUUAGUGGGUAAAAUGGCUCUUUCAAGGUAAGAUCUCAGAAACUGCUGAAAAAUGUGUUGUGGAUUCCACAAAAAAACACACAGAGGGUGAAGAUUUUAAAAUGCAUUCUUUUAAUAUAACUCCUCAGCUUUAUAAAUUAAGAUGAUGUUCUGUGCAACACUUCCAGUUUUUUGGGUUUUUUUUUUUUGUUUUGCUAUGACUGUAAAUGUAAUGAAUUUUCACUUUUAAUGUUCUUGUUAAUGGAUGUCUCUUCUUUAAAAGUGUUUCUGCUUUAUAACUUCUGCUGUCAAAGUGUGGGAGGAUGAGGAGCAGAGCUUCAGACACAUUAACUCCCCGACAACUUUCUCUAACAUCAAUAGAGUAUGUAUUUAGAGUUUGAAAAUAUUGUAUCUGUGACACGUGGCUUUAAAGCAAUUUUUCCUUUUUAAUGUGACGAUCAAGCUCACAAUA